AUGUUUAUUUUAGAUUCUUUUAACCUAUUAAAUUCAAUCGCAAAAAAUUCCAUUUUUAAUUUGAAAAGUUUUUACUUAGUAAAAAACAACGUUCUCAAUUUAACCAAUCAUAAAAUUACAGCACCUAAUUUAUAUCUUAACACACCCAAACUUCUAGAAUCAAAUAUUAACAAUGUGUAUAAUUACUUCAAUUGGAUAGAGUGCUCAGCGCUGGACGAUCUAAGAAGACAGCAGCUAAAUAAAAUAAUAGGGAAAAUUGGAAUAAAGAAGAGGGAUGCCGGUAUGUACUGGAAACAGUAUAAAACAAAGCGUAUAAAGAUUAGAAAGAGGAAACGUGUGAUCUAG